AUGCCUUAUAAACGAUUUUUGACGCAAAGACAAUUAGAAGAGGAAUUGGAAAGUGUUGUUUUUGAGCUGGAAAAUGAUAAUAAUGUUGUACUGGAUGCAGUUUAUAUACCUCCAGACACCGAUGCUUUGACAGAUGAAGAAGAUAUAGAUGAUGAGAAUAUAUUGGCGGAAACGGCAAAGCCAAACGAUAUUGUCGGUACUUUCGAACUUCACAUCCCUAGCUCUUCCAAUUCUGUAGAUGUCGAUCAAAAUGUACGAAAACAAUACGAUUGGGACUCUUCUGAUGAAGAAACUUUAGAAACCAAAAAACGAAAAAUUACUGCUUCAGUUUCCCGUAAUACUGUUCUUGCACCGCAGUGGCUCAAAGGAGAAAUAGAAUAUACACACUCUCCAAUAUCAACUGAACAUCAAGACAAAGAAAACGUAGCUGUAGCUGUAGGUGGUAAGACACCUUUAGAAGUGUUCUUUUUAUUUUUUGACGAAGAAGUGACAGACUUAGUUUUGAGAUAUUCACAUAAAUAUGCUGCAGAUAAUAAUAGACAUGACUUCAUAGUCUCUAAGGAAGAAUUGUUAAAUUUUAUAGGAAUAAUGUAUCUUUCCGGAUAUCACACUUUACCACAAACUUCAAUGUACUGGUCCACUGAGGAAGACAAAGGUGUGGGCAUAGUGAAAAAUUGCAUGAGUAGAAACAGGUUUUAUAGUAUAAAACGAAAUUUGCAUCUGUCUGACAAUGAACAAUUAGACAAAAAUGAUAAGUUCUCCAAAAUAAGGCCUUUUGUGGACAUAAUCAAUAGAAAAAACUUGCAAUGGGGAAUUUUCAAUUUUCAUUUAUCAAUUGAUGAACAAAUGGUGCCAUAUUUUGGAAGGCAUUCUUGUAAAAUGUUCAUCAAAGGCAAGCCGUAUUAUGGUGAAUGCUUGGAAGCUUUAUAA